UGUAAUGGCCGUCACCUCGCUCCGCGCGCUCUCUGAGCAGAAACAUUAACUUGUAAAACAAGCUAAAAAUCCCCCAGCCACUGUCCCAUCUAUCUUCUUCUUCUUCUUCUCUGUUCUUCGUCUCUCUCUCUCGUCAUUGUCAUGUCACAGAGCUUCGGCCAUGGCGACCCUGAGCCAACCGACUCUUCUGAGAUGCCUCGCUUCAGCGACGAUCUUGGCUCUGCUUGCUCCACGCCUUUCGUCAGCGCUCCGUCGAGCCCCGGCCGUGGUCCCUCUCCGGGAUACUUUUUCAGCGCUCCGGCGAGCCCCAUGCAUUUCGUCCUGUACUCUGCUCCGGCGCCCGCCGCUCGUGCGGCCCCGGAGUAUCCGCAGCUCGACUCGUCGUCGUCGUUGUGCGACUUCGAGUUCGACUUCUCAUCUCGGUUGUCAGAAAGUGGUCCCCUCGGCGGCGGAUCCAUGAGCUCUGCCGACGAGCUGUUCUCGAACGGUCAGAUCAAGCCGAUGAAGCUUUCAUCGCACCUGCAGCGGCCUCAGAUGUUGUCGCCGCUGCUGGAUCUGGAGACUGAGGAGGAAGACAACGAGGACGGUGAAGUGGUUAAGCGAGGGAGAGAUCUGAGGCUAAGGAGCAGAUCUGUUCAUCGUAAGGCAAGAUCCCUCUCUCCGCUGCGGAACGCAGCGUAUGAGUGGAACGAAGAAGAAGGUGAAGAAGAAGGACGGGCCGGGGAGAGAGAGGUGAAGGAAUGCAUUCGGAAGCUGCAGGAAGAUUACGAGCAGGAGAAGAAGCAGAACGAAACCGUACCAUCGGUUGAAACGACGCCGUCGUGUUCGGCGUCAUCUUCCCGGUCGUCGUCCUCCGGUAGAAACUCUAAGAAGUGGAUAUUCCUCAAGGAUCUACUGCACAGAAGCAAAAGCGAAGGUAGAGGGAACGCGAAGGAGAAGUUCUGGUCCAACAUAUCCUUCUCUCCUUCCAAAGAGAAGAAACUGAAAUCUUCAUCUCUGACCAUCUCCAAGGAGGAGAAACCGCUUCCCUCGGCGGAGGACGCUGCAGAUGCAAACGCAGUCGCCGAAACGCAGAAGCAGAAGCAGAAGCAGAAACAAGCGCCGGCGAAGAAAUCUGCGGCUUCCGGAAAACCGACGAACGGCAUAGCGAAGCGGCGGGGUCUGCAGCCGUCGGCGCACGAGCUGCAUUACACGGCGAACAGAGCUCAGGCAGAGGAAAUGAAGAAGAGGACGUACUUGCCGUACAGGCAUGGGCUCUUCGGCUGCCUAGGGUUCAGCUCCAAAGGUUACAGUGCCCUAAACGGAUUAGCCCGGAGCUUGAACCCAGUCUCAUCCAGGUAAUCAAAUCAAGCCAUUAAAUCCCAAUUACAUGUUAUAAUCCGCUGUAUAGACUUUGGUUUCGGGGAGGAACCUAAGCUUAAGCUCAUGCCUACAAUAGUCUUAUGUAAGAUAUUACUGUGCCCAUUGUUAGUUAGGCAUGUUUUAGCUGCUGUCUGUGAUUCUGUAUUAGUUCAUCAUGGGAUGUGGGCAUUAGUUUCCGCCAUCGACGAAUGGGGGAUAUGUGAAGCCUCUGCCUUUCAUGCGCUGUUUUUACGCCUUAAAUUAAAUCCAUUAGCAAAUAAUUUUUCCAAA